AUGGGCAACGUGGUCAGAGUGGGCCCCUUACAAAAUGGCGAAGUUUAUUUAGUAGAAAAUAGUAAAACUCACACAUCUACCAAGUCAUAUGCACUGCCUUUAAAAAUAUCCAAUAUUUCGAGAGGAGUUAAGUAUAAUAUAGUUCCAAAGAAUGCUUCUGACAAGAAAUUAGUUUUGGACUCCCAGGGAAAUAUAGUAAGCAGUGCUGCUCACCUGCCUGAUUACAAAUCCACUCCUAUUCUCAGUAGGAUUGUAAGAGAUAAACUUCAAGUUAUGCGCAUAGAAUCAGAUAGGAUUAAGAGCGCGGUAGAACAUGGUCCAAUAUAUGAUAAAUUGCUUAAAAAUUUGAGCGACUUGAAUAUGCCAGUCUCUAAUGACGUUUACUUACAACCUAUCAAGCUUUUCCGCGAUGAGUAUAACAAGAAUCCUCAGUUUAGAGAUGAGAUCAAUGAGUUUGCCAGUAAAGCUUUAGGAGCUCAAAUAAUGGCAGACUUAUGGCCGGUAAGCAACAAUAACGUAAUGGCUACUGCAAAGUUACUUGAUAGCAGGAUACAGAAAGGAACCAUUUUUGCACCAAAUGGUGAGAUAUGGAGUUGGAAACAUGAGCCAACCACUCCAGAACUGAGUGGCACAAUAUGUUCUACUAAGAUUAAUCCACAGUUUUCAACUUCGUCAAAACCGAUGAACCAGGUUGAGCCUCAACAAACUGCGCCAUUAAGGGAAUAUCUAAGAACACACUCUGAAGAAGAUUUGCCUCCACCACCAAUGCCUAACUAUAGUACAUACCCUGGAGCAUUGCCGCAGUCAACCACACUUGUUGAUUGCAACCCGCCUGAAAGACAAUCACUAGAAGAUUCUGGCCAUACCAUUAUGCAUCCCGUAAGCAACUAUGCAAAGCAAAUUGAUCCAAUACUUACACAGUUUGCUGAUAUGUCUUUAAGUCCUGCAGAAAUGGAAUUCAACAGAAAAUUAUACAAUGAAGGAGUACCAUGCCACCGUUGUUACAAACCUAUGUUUGCUGGUGAAGUAGCAGUGAAAGCAGAGAGAGCGGGUCAAGAAGCAAUUUGGCAUCCACAAUGCUUCACUUGCUGUAAAUGUGGAGAAUUGUUGGCAGACCUUGUGUACUUUUAUUACAAAGGUGAAAUCUACUGUGCCAGAGAUUUGGCUAAUGUUCUGGAGAUACCGCGAUGUGCUGGUUGUGAUGAACUGAUAUUUACAAGGCCAUAUACAGCAGCGGAGGGUAGAGCAUUCCAUGUGCAACAUUUUUGUUGCUACCACUGUGAUGCACCACUGGGUGGUAAAAAAUAUGUUCCAGAUGAUAAAACGGGACUGCCAAUUUGUUUGUCUUGUUACGAUCAAUAUUACGCUGAGCGUUGUCGUGCUUGUAGUGGGGUUAUUGGUCCGGAGCAGCAAGGUGUUUCAUGGGGCAAUAUGCAUUGGCAUGCAGAAUGCUUUAUUUGUUCUGGAAGGAUGUGUGGUAAAAGCCUCCUCAGUGGCCGGUUUGUUGUGAAACAAGAAAUGCCUUUUUGUAGUGUUCCCUGUGUUCAGAGUAGAAUUAAGUAA